AAAGAAGUGUGGUUUUGUAGUGAGCAGAAGUGAGUGCUGAUACAAUCUGCUAGAAAUAUGUGCAAAAUUAUUUUUCUCCUUUUGUUUUUACUUCCAGCUGCAGCUCCUAAAGGCUCUCAUUCUUUAUGGGUUGUUGCAACGUACAUUAAAGGACAAACACCAUUUCCUGAAUUUAGUUAUGUAUUGAUGUUGGAUGAUAUCACAGUUAUGUACUAUAACAGUGAUACAAAGACUUUUUUUCCGAGAGGAAACACAACAGCUGAAGAUGAUUUGUAUGGUUCAAAAGAUCACCUCAUCAUACAUGAUUUUAUGCGUUCAACUUUUAAGGACAAAUGGGGAUUAGCAACAAAAAAAUUGAAUAAAACUGAUGGUGUCUUUGCCCUACAGCAGCUGGUUGUGCUUGACCUAAGGGCCGAUAGUGAACCAGGACAAAUUAUUUCACAAAAUACUUUUGAAGGAUGUAUCACAGAUGAGGUGCGAUAUGUUGACAAGAAGCUUACAUACCAGGGUACUUUAAAUGUCUCGGCUCCUGUGCAUCAUAUUCAUCAUGAAUACGUCAAGUACCUCUGUGAAACAUUAAUACAUCCAUUUUACUUCAAAACACUCAAAGGUUACCUUAUAAAAAGGAGAAAUCAAAUCAAUAGAAAAGUCAAACCCAAAGUCAGACUCAUUCUGAAAGCAAACUCAGAUUCUGGAGGGUUUCGUGUGAGUUGUUUGGCGACAGGGUUUUACCCUCGUCACAUCAACCUGACCCUGUUGAGAGAUGGACAGCCUGUAUCUGAUCAUGGGGUCACUGGAGGAGAUCUGCUGCCCAAUGGAGACGGGACGUACCAGAUGAGGAAGAGUCUGGAGAUCAGAGGAGAGGAGAGAGAAAAACACAAAUACACCUGCUCUGCCACACAUCUCAGUCUGGACAAGAAACUGGACAUCACUUUAGAAUUUGACCCGGGAGAACUAUUUAAAUCAGUGAUUCCCGCAGUGUUAAUAGUUUUGUCUCUGGUUUUGGUGUUUAUAACUGGAGUCGUCAUAUAUAAAUGCUGGAUGAGACAAGCAGCCUCGCCCAAAAAAGAUUAUUCCCCUUCUUCAACAUCUGAAGAAAGCAUUGGCACAACAGCAACACAUGAACCACAACAGGAAGCCACUUAAACUGUAGCUCCCGAAGGAAACCCACGCAAACAUGGGGAGAACAUGCAAACUCCACACAUGCCAACUGACCCAGCUGGGACUCAAACCAAUUGAUGUUCUGUAAUUGUUUUAAACAGAAACCUACAGCCAUAACGUCUGCAGCAAUAUUAUUUGUUGAAUUUUGGAUUAAGUUGGCCGUUUAUUACAUUUUACUCUCGUCACAUCAACCCGACCCUGUUGAGAGAUGGACAGCAUGUAUUUCUCCAACUUUUUCCACCUUUUUAAUAACAGUAUUAUUCUAAAGGACAAAGCAUCAAUACCAGCAGCAACUAGUGUGACUACAGGAGGAGCCAUUAAGCCUGGUUUAUACUUCUGCGUCAAUUGACCGGCGUAACCCACAGCGCAUGCAACGCGCGUAGCUGUGCAU